UUCAGGCUUCCAUUCAGUUCGCUAGCAUGUUGUAGCCUAGCCGAGUAUUAGCUAGCCAUUGUUGUCUUUUUUUCAUACCAGACGCUUAAAAGGGGACCUUUAAGGAUCCAAUUUCCCCUUUUGCGCACACACCCGUGUUCGCUGUUUGUAAUUUCAUACACAAAGGUAGACAAAAUGGCUGAGAAUGAUGUUGAUAAUGAGCUGCUCGACUACGAAGAUGAUGAUGAACCCCAGGGAGCCCCCGAGAGUGCAGCCCCCGCCGGCAAGAAGGAGGUGAAGGGGUCCUACGUUUCCAUCCACAGCUCUGGUUUCAGGGACUUCCUCCUCAAACCCGAGUUGCUCCGUGCCAUCAUCGACUGUGGUUUUGAACAUCCAUCUGAAGUCCAGCAUGAAUGCAUCCCACAGGCCAUCCUUGGCAUGGACAUUCUUUGCCAAGCCAAGUCCGGUAUGGGCAAGACUGCCGUGUUUGUGCUGGCCACCCUUCAGCAGAUCGAACCAGUCGACGGGCAGGUGGCGGUGUUGGUCAUGUGCCACACACGAGAGCUGGCCUUCCAGAUCAGCAAAGAGUACGAGCGCUUCUCCAAGUACAUGCCAGCGGUCAAGUCGGCGGUGUUCUUCGGCGGCAUGGCCAUCAAGAACGACGAGGACGUCCUGAAGAAGAACUGCCCCCACAUUGUCGUCGGAACGCCGGGUCGCAUCCUCGCCCUCAUCCAGAACAAGACGCUCAGUCUGAAGAACGUGAAACAUUUUGUUUUGGACGAGUGUGACAAAAUGUUGGAGCAUCUGGACAUGAGGUGUGACGUGCAGAACAUCUUCAGGAUCACGCCCCACGAAAAGCAGGUGAUGAUGUUCAGUGCCACCCUGAGCAAGGACAUCCGACCAGUCUGUCGCAAAUUCAUGCAGGAUCCCAUGGAGGUGUUUGUGGACGACGAGACCAAACUGACUCUGCAUGGCCUGCAGCAGUACUACUGCAAGCUGAAGGACAGCGAGAAGAACCGCAAGCUCUUUGACCUGCUUGACGUGCUGGAGUUUAACCAGGUGGUGAUCUUUGUCAAGUCAAUUCAGCGCUGCAUCGCUUUGUCACAACUUCUGGUGGAGCAGAAUUUCCCCGCCAUUGCCAUCCACAGGGGCAUGGCUCAGGAAGAGAGGCUGUCACGCUACCAGCAAUUCAAAGACUUCCAAAGGCGCAUCCUGGUGGCCACCAACCUGUUUGGCCGAGGGAUGGACAUCGAGCGGGUCAACAUUGUCUUCAACUACGACAUGCCGGAAGAUUCCGACACUUACUUGCACAGGGUUGCCCGUGCUGGCAGAUUCGGCACCAAAGGCCUGGCUAUAACCUUCGUUUCCGACGAGACCGACGCCAAGACUCUGAACGACGUGCAGGACCGCUUUGAGGUCAACGUGGCCGAGCUGCCUGACGAAAUUGACAUCUCCUCUUACAUUGAGCAGUCCAGAUGAAUCUCCCAGCCAGGCCGCCGUCUCCUCCCGUGUGGAUCUUGUACUUGGACGUAGAUGUACUUUGCUGUUUAUUUGAGAAGCUCUGCUUGUUUCCCGUCUCCACCCAACCUUUACCUUCAUUGUGAGUUUUGGGACACGGUAUAUGAUUGCUUUUAUUUGUCUUUUAUGAUUUUUGUUCAAUGGAAGUAAAAACUUUUUAUAAAAUGCCAUUCCACCU